AUGUCCCGGAUCAAGAAGACCAUGAGCAGUGAGUGCCUGCCGCCUUACUACACAGCCCACAGCUACCGCUCCAUGGGGGUGCUCAACACCUCCAUGGGGGAGCUGCAGCGUCAACUAUACAAGGGAGGGGAGUAUGACAUUUUCAAGUACGCACCCAUGUUCGAGAGCGACUUCAUCCAGAUUAGCAAGAAAGGGGAGGUGAUCGACGUGCACAACCGGGUCCGGAUGGUCACCGUGUGCAUCGCCUCCACCAGCCCCAUCCUCCCGCUCCCCGAUGUCAUGUUGCUGGCCCGGCCAGCCAAGGUGUGUGAGGAGCAUGUCCGACGGAACCGGAUCACGGGGAGACGCAAGCCCUCCAAGACCCUGGAGCUCACCAGGCUGCUGCCCUUGAAGUUUGUGAAGAUCUCCAUCCACGAUCGGGAUAAACAGCAGCUCCGCCUCAAGCUGGCCACGGGCCGCACGUUUUAUCUGCAGCUCUGUCCUUCUUCGGACGCGAGGGAAGAUCUCUUUAGCUACUGGGAAAAGCUUGUCUACCUCCUGCGGCCACCGGUAGAGAGCUGUAGCAGCGCCCCGACCCUUCAGACAGGCGAUAUACCCAUCGUGGACGACAUCAAGAGCCAGACGUCCUCAGAGCUCCAUGGGGAAGGGGAUCAAGAUUCUGGGCCUCGGAAGUGUGGUGAGCUAUCUGGAGCCUCCUCUUCUGCGUACGCUGGGGGAGAAAGAAUACCACCGGGAUCCUCGACGUUAGUAGCCCCCAGCUCUACCAGACCGGUCAGUGCGGGCACAGCAGGACCAACCUAUAGCAUGGCAGCUGCGGGGUCGAGAGCAGGCUCCACAGCCAGUCUGGCCAUGGUAGGAUCCAGCACCAGCACUGCCUCGUGUGCGGGGAGCCUUUCCACCACCAAGCACCCGGGUUCUGGCCACCUAACAGCGGCUGUGGCAGGAAGUGCCAGCAAGGAACUCAAGGGAGGUGGGGUUGGUAAGACCCUGGCAGCUGCCACCACCGUGGGAUCCUCAGAGGGUGUCAACGUGGCCGUGGCGGGCACAGCCAGCACCUCUUCGGUGGACGUGUCCACGGCAGGGGUCACAAGCAGGUCCGCCGACAGCAGUCUGAGCGUGGUCUUUGCAGGUACCAUGCUCACCAAUGCACCUGAGGAGAAGAAGGGCAAAGUGGAACCCAGUGCUGCGCCACCCCUGGUGUCAACUUUGAAGAGCGAAGGCUACAUGUGUGAGCGCGAUGGCAGUCAGAAGCAGGGGCCCGAAAUCCACAAGGAAAAAAGGGAGAAGAGAGAAAAGAAGGAGAAAACCACUAGUCAGAAAAGCUCCCAUCAUCACAGGACCAGUGAGAGCCACCACAGGGUGAGCAAGGACAAGCCUCGAAAAUCGUCUUCCCAUAAGUCUGUAUCCAGCCACGGUCACAAAAAGGAGGAUCACAAGAAGCCGCCCAAAGGGCAGAGCACCGUCAGGGGCAAACGACGUGGGUCUCCUCACAAAAGCACCAGCCGCAGCUCUAGCGCCAAGGAGAGCAAACCGGCUCACAAGCCAAGGAAGACUCGAUCUGGGGGUGCAACGGGCGCUUCCGGCAAGAAACCAAGCAAAAUCAGCUCUUUCCUGCGGAAUCUCAUAGCCAUUCCGAGUUCAAAGACCAUGGUCAGCUCGCACAACCGAGAGGUGGACAUCAUGGCCAAGAAGGUAGAGAAAUGCAACAUCGAGACGAAGGUGGAGAAAGGGCAGGAGGGCCAGAAAUUGGGGAUCAGUGGCACUGUCACAUCUGAGACAACGGAAAUGAUUAUCUUUGAAGCAAAACCAGUUAAGUAA